AUGACUUCUGCCAAGAAGCCCAAGGCGACCCCCAACCCCACCCCCUGCGGCCUCAGCGCGCGAGAGGUCGAGAUCGCGGCCCUCGCGUGGAAGUGCCUCGACACGGACAUCAAUGACAUCAAGGCAAGCGGCGAAACCACCCCGUCCACCCCCAAAUCACAACACACACACAUGCACAAACAAGAACACGUCCCAUCCACCGAACGAGGGGAGGAUCAUCACGACGCGCCUCGAAAGAGAUGCAAAGUCACUGACAGCAGCCUCACGUCCCACCCCAAACAGAUCAACAACGCAAAGCUAGCCAAGCUCGCAAACAUCCCCCUUCCCGACUCGGCCGGCCGCACCUGGCGUACGGUCAGAGCCAAGAUCGUCGCCGCGACUAUGCCUUCCGACAGUGCUGGCCCCGGCACCCCUGCCACCCCCGCUACUCCUGCCACCCCCGACGGCGGCACCUCUGCGGCUGACCCUACUUCCCCGUCCCUUCUUGCGUCCAAGAACAAAAAGGCUGCUGCUUCUGCUGGCAAGGUCGCCGGCCGCAAGCGGACCAUGAAGGAGGCUGAUGGCGGCGACGGUGGCGACGGGGACAAGGACGAGGCUGAGGGAGGCGAGAGGCCCAAGAAGGCUGCGAAGCGCGUCAAGUCCGCGGGCGCUGUCAUGACGAAGGAGGAGCCCAACGCGGGUGCUGGUGAGAUGGAGGCGGGUGAGGUCUGA